GGGGCGGGAACGGCGCGGGCGCCAUUUUGUCGCGGGCGGCUGAGGGAGAAGCGGCGGCGGCGGCGGCGGCGGGAGCGGGCGGAGCUCAGCGCCAGCCCCGGCCCCGCGCCGGCCCCACACCGGCCCCUCACCGGCCCCGCACUCACCCUCUCGCCCGCUGGAGCCACCGGAGACCUGGCGACCGUGUGCUUCGAUUCUCUGAAGAUGGCUGCACAGUCAGCACCGAAGGUCGUGCUAAAGAGCACCACCAAGAUGUCUCUGAACGAGCGCUUCACUAACAUGCUGAAGAACAAACAGCCGAUGCCGGUGAAUAUCCGGGCUACCAUGCAGCAGCAGCAGCUGGCCAGCGCCCGGAACAGACGGCUGGCCCAGCAGAUGGAGAACAGACCGUCUGUGCAGGCCGCCCUGAAGCUCAAACAGAAGAGCUUGAAGCAACGCCUCGGCAAGAGCAACAUCCAGGCGCGGCUGGGCCGGCCGGCGGGGCCGCUGGCCCGGGGGGCGCUGGGCGGCCGCGGGCUGGCGCUGGGCCAGCGGGGGCUGCCCCGCGGGGCGCUGCGGGGCCGCGGCGGCCGCGCCGUGCUGCGAGGAGGGCUGGCGCUGCGAGGUCAAGGGCUGCUGCGCGGCGGCAGAGGGAUGGCGCCGCGGAUGGGGCUGCGCAGAGGUGGCGUCCGGGGCCGCGGCGGCCCGGGGAGAGGCGGCCUGGGCCGGGGAGCCAUGGGCCGGGGCGGCAUCGGCGGCAGAGGUCGCGGCAUGGCCGGCCGGGGCCGGGGCGGGUUCGGCGGGCGCGGCAGGGGCCGGGGCCGCGGCAGAGGCUCGGCACGGCCCGCGCUCACCAAGGAGCAGCUGGACAACCAGCUGGACGCCUACAUGUCCAAGACCAAGGGACACCUGGACGCCGAGCUGGACGCGUACAUGGCACAGACCGAUCCCGAGGCCGCCGACUGAGGGGCCGGGACUGCCGGGGGUGGGCAAUGGUUCCGUCGGGAGCUGCGCUGGGAAUCCCCGAUGGAAAAUUCAGAUUUAGUGUGUUCUUCGAUGUUUUGAUACUCUCUGUUGUAUUAAACUUUUUUUGGAUUGUU